AUGUCCUGGUUCCAGAAACAAUUCACCCUCCCCUCCCGCUCUCGCGGCAGCUACCUCAUCACUGACACCGUCGUCAACGAACUACCCGAAAUCCGUGACUACAAAUGCGGACUCCUCAACCUCUUUAUUCAACAUACCUCCUGCGCAUUGUCGCUGAACGAGAACUGGGACGAAGAUGUGCGCGCUGAUAUGAGUGAUGCGCUGGAUCGGAUUGCGCCGUAUGAUAAGAAGGGAAACCUUUAUAGGCAUAGUGCUGAGGGGGAGGAUGAUAUGCCUGCACAUAUUAAAUCCGCAUUGGUGGGCGCAAGCGUUACGAUUCCGAUUACGAAUGGAAGACUUGCGACAGGCACAUGGCAGGGAAUUUGGUAUCUGGAAUUUAGGGCUAGUCGGCAUUCGAGGAAAGUCGUUGCGACUAUCCAGGGUGAGAAGGCGUGA